UAAGUUUCAUUUUCGUUCCCGAAAGCGGAAGUCACUGACGCAUCGUUGUGUGAAGGGACAUUUUUAGACCCGUUUCAGUGUUUCAUACGCCUGACUCUGACCGAGGGCUCUUUUCAUUCUUAUGUUCUCAGAGACGAGAAGGUUCUAAAUUUGAGCCUGACGUAAUUUUCAAAUUCGUUUUUCUAUCUCCCCACGUCAACGACUAAUUUGGAACACAAAAGAGGUAACAACUACCCAACGUGGUCAUUUUCAAGGUUUUCACACUUAUAGCAACUCAUGGAAAGGAAGGUAGUUGCCAAAAAAGGGCCAUCAUCACCUCGCAGUGAAAUGUCCGAGGAGGAAGAUGUAUUUGAUUACGCCAGAUUUGAAGACUUCAGUAACGAAAGUGGACCUGUACCGAGAGAGGCAUAUGCUGCUCUAAGGAAAGCAUUUCGAAGUGUGGAGAAGCGUUUACAUGUGGCUGAGGCAAAGGUAUCUGAGCUAACCACAAAGUUAAAACAGAAAGAAAGAAAAGGAUCUCAUGAACAGUUGUAUCAAGAAAGAGAUGCUCUACUGAAUCAUUUACAUAACAGCUAUCUUGCUUUUGAAGAAAAAUUUGGAGAGAAUGAAAAACUAAAGAAGAUAAUUCAAGAAUUACAGCUUUCUCAGAAAGAAACACAAAAAUGCAUCACAAAGGGGAAAGGUGGCGCUCAGUCCGGGCCAACCUCAGAGAGGAAAGAAACGCAAGAAGGAAAAAAAUAUACAGAUUUAGUCGUGGAGUUGAAAGCAAUGGGUCUAGAAAUUGCAGAAGAAAUUGAUCAACAAUUCAUUAUUUUAGUAGAGAGGGAUAAUCUGAAAAAGUGGAUAGAAGAAAAGUCGGAUGGAAAUUUAACUAUCACAAUACAAGAAAAAGUUACAGAAAAUAACGCGAACCAAACCGAAACAGUGGCAUCUCGUGUAGUGGGAUACGAACAGUCAGAAGGAAAAAGAAAAAAACUUGAAGCGGAGGUUAUAUUACUUAAACAGAAAAUUGAGGAUCAGGCGCAGGAACUAAAUCGGUUUUACAAGAUAUUUAAGGAAGUAAUGGUUCAAAAUAAAGAACUACGAGCUAGGGAACAGAGGAACGAAAGAGAAGCCGGAGGGGUGACUAAAGAAGUCUCAAAACCAGAAGAAGCUCCGGCCGCAAAGAGAAUAGCCCUGCCAACAAAAACAGGUACCGUAGUUCAGAAGCGAACAGAGACCAUUUUGUCUACGGCCCAACAACAAGUUGCGGAAAUGAAAAAGGUUCGAGAACACUUGAAAUCACAUGAUAAUAGCUUGCAAAAGCUGGCAGAGCUUACGGAGAAAACAACUGAAGAUUUUCUAAAAUUAAUCAGAGAAUCGCAAGCCAGGCCAGUCGGAGCUGAAUCGUCGGGAUAUCCGACAGAAAGCCGAACUAGAUGGCCGGUGGAAGGAGAGACUUCGUUCACUCAGCGGCAGCGAAUCGAAGAAGUAGGAAACUUUGAACGGUUAAUAGCCGAAGAUGCCCCUCUAAGCAUUCCCGUUCAAGAAGCAUCGGAAUACCACAGACUAACAGUUCAAGAUGAAACUGGAGCAACUGGCGGCUUUGGCCGAAGGUUGAAUACAGAAAAGUUUUUAUCUCCUAUCUCAGAGUCUUCUUCAAACGGAGCCGAAGGAAGGGCAGUUCCCAUGGGAACGGUUUUGUCCGAAAACACGGGGACUGGAGAGAGUGAUAUUGAAGUUAUUGAUGAGGAGGAUUUCAUUGGGGCAACUCCUGUAGUCGGAAAAAUAUGCCCAAUGUGUGAGCGCUUUUUCCCUGAAAGCUAUGGUCAAAGAAAAUUCGAGGAUCAUGUGCAACAGCAUUUUGUCGACGAUUCGUAGUGAGGAAGUGAGGAAAGUGCCUAUUCCUCCAUGAACUAAUCGCCUUGUAGAUGAAUAUUCUGUCUAAAAAAGCACAUUAAACUAUUAAACGUAUUUUGAUUGGUUC